GCUUCGUUCUCACGGACGUGUAUACACGCGCCGCGAUAUCGUUCACGCAGCCCCACAGACGCGUAAACACGCGCCGCGCUACCGUUCACGGAGUCUCACAGACGCGUAAACACGCGCCGCGUUAUCAUUCACGGAGUCUCACGGACGUGUACACACACGCCUACUGAUUUGCUCCGUCUGGAGAGACUAAGUUUGUGGUUAGUACUAAUUUGUAAUUUCAUUUAGUGUACGUUUGACUGUUCUGCAAAGAUGACCACCAUGCGACGAUCUAGAAAUCGAAUUAUUAGUGAUAGUAGUAGUGAAAGUGAAAGUGCUGUGGAAAGUGAUAUGACUGACGAGGAUGUUCCUUUGUGCGAAAGAUGGAAAAAUAUUUUACGCCAAAGAAAAUGGAAUAUUCCUACUGCCACGCAAAAUUUUACGCCACAAGUUUGGAGGUACAGCGAUUUACAUCACGGUGUGUUACCCCAAUCUGGUAUAUCAGAAGAUAGUUCUUUUCUUCAAAUCUUCAAAUUUUUUUUUUGUGAAGAACUCAUAGAGUUAAUUGUGAAGGAGACUAAUAAAUACAGCCGAAAGCAAGGUUUCUCCAGAUCUCAGUUUCAUGUAUCUAGUAAUGAUUUGCACUGUUUUUUUGCAAUUAUUAUUCAUAUGAGUAUUGUUCGCUUGCCGAAGAUGUCCAUGUAUUGGAAUACAAAGGCAAUGUAUAAUUUUGUGUUUAUUAGACAAAUCAUGUCAAAAAAAAAGUUUUUCAAUAUUUUGCGAUUCCUUCAUUUCACUAGUGUUGAUGCAAAUAAUAAUGAAAUUAGAAAGACCGAAAAAAUCCAAUCCGUCAUGGAUAUUCUUAUUUGUCGUUUUCAAAUGGCAUAUCGACCAAGACAGAACAUUGUAGUCGACGAAAGUCUGUUAUUAUGGAAAGGCAGACUUUCUUUCAAGCAAUACAUUAGCAGCAAACGUGCAAGAUUCGGCGUGAAAUCAUUUAUUUUAGCCGAAUCAGAGACAGGAUAUAUUUAUAAUUUGAAAUUAUAUGAUGGACGCAUAUCAAAUGAAGGACAGUCCAGAUUAGGAAAGUCGGGUUCAAUUGUAAUGAAUUUGUCAAGAAAUUUAUUAAAUGAAGGACGAACCAUAUACUUAGACAACUGGUAUACUUCCCCCGCAUUAUAUGAGGAGUUACAUAAAUAUAAAACACAUGCGUGUGGUACCGUUCGAAUGAAUAGAAGAGGUUUGCCAUGCGACGAAAAAAUAAAAAAAAUAAAAAGUUUGAAUAAAGGUGAGCUGACAGUGCGCUAUAACAAAUUCAUGACAUUUAGUGCGUGGAAAGAUAAAAGAGUGGUAGCGCUUCUCAGCACCGUACAUACCCCAGAGUUGGUAGCCACAGAUAAAGUUGAUAAAAAAACGGGGCAACCCAUUAAAAAACCAAACGUAGUGUUAGCUUAUAAUAUGCACAUGGGUGCUGUUGAUCACACAGAUCAAAUUUUACAUGGCAUUGGAUCAUUUAGGAAAACAAUCAAAUGUUACUAAAUAACUACAACGAUCCAACAGAGAAUUUUCAUCGGAAAGGAAGGAGGAAUCAUCUUCAUCCAUUGCGACUGCAAUCUAGAUGUUUCUUAAAAAAAUUACAGCCAACAAAUAAGAAAUCUAUGCCGAUGAGACGGUGUGUAUGGUGCAAGCAACAAUCGAUUCGCAAAGAAACCAGAUAUCAUUGUAUCAAUUGUGAUGUUGCAUUAUGUGCAGUUCCUUGUUUUGAAUUAUAUCAUACAGAGCAAUAAUAAAUUUGAAAUAUUUUGAAA